AAUGAUGACAGACGAGUGUUGCUUUUUCAAAUACAUGUUAUAAACGACUCAAUCUCGUGGUGAUUUUAGAUCGAGCAGACGAGCAGUACUUCCUACUCAUCAAACAGCUGUAGUUCACAGAAGAGCUGUGCAUAAAACAUCAAAUUGAUUUCAGUAUCGGUUUAGACAUGUAUUAUUAGCCUGCAUCGCGAUAUAUAUCGCCCAGCCCUAUUGUGGGUCCUUGUUUUGUGUUUUUUGUUAAUAAACCCUUUUUGUUACCCAGAAACUGCUGCCUGCAAUUGGGUUCUUCCCCGUGUAUCACGACAGAAUGACCGAACCUAACAGAACCCAGCAGGCAGCUACUAUGGACGGUACAGCAUCAUCCUCACAAUCUCGCCAAGCCCACUUGCUGCUAGGAUUGCGUCAGGGGAAUUACGGGAACCAGGAGUUCGCCAGGGCAUUCUCGACGGUGGCGGAGGUGACUGAGUUUGGCAGCAGUUGAAAAUCGUUUUCAACUCUGCCUCACUCAGCGCCUCACACCGUCGGCGCCCGUGGCAAGUGGGGGAGGAGAGACUUGGGGACGACGUCUGUGGACUCCUCCAACCCAGAACUCCCUCUGUCCUCCACGGGCCCGGCUAAGUCGGCCACGGGCCCGAUUGACUGGAUCGGUGAUCCAGCCAGGGUCCCAGCCGGUGGUGCAGCCGGGGUCCCAGCCGGUGGUGCAGCCGGCAUCCCAGCCGGUGGUCCAGCUGGCGGUCCAGCCGGCGUCCCAGCCGGUGAUCCAGCCGGUGAUCCAGCCGGUGCAGCCGGCGUCCCAGCCGGGGUCCAGCCGGCGUCACCCUCCCCUUCAUCAGCCGAUGUCACUGAGUUCUGCUCACAAAACAAGACCUCUGGUGCAGAAGACUAAAAAACCAAACAUGACCAGAAGAAGUGGACGCCAGCAAGCCAGAUAUGAGAACGGAAACACACGCCGGAUAGCAACCAUAAAGAAACAGAGCAACAGAAGAAAAACCUUGAUAACAAAGUGUAACGGCAACACUCAGGAUGUGUGGAGGCAGAAUGAUGUGCGCAGAACGGACGGAAUUGUGGAGAUUUCUGAUUCUUCUGAUCAAACUUUAGAUGUACGUCCUUCUCCGCUGCCAACGCUCAGUUGGGGCAGCUCAGAAGACGUCUGGGUGAAAAUGCUGAGUAAAGAGAUGAAGUACAAACACAACAAGAACAGCUUAUGCAGACAUCCGUCGGUGCAGCCCAAGAUGAGAGCCGUUGUGCUGGACUGGCUCAUGGAGGUGUGCGAGUCGUACACGCUUCACAGACAGACGUUCUAUCUGGCGCAGGAUUACUUUGACAGGUUCAUGUCGACUCAGAAUGACGUGCAGAAGGACCGCCUGCAGCUCGUAGGAAUCACGGCUCUUUUCGUUGCCUCCAAAAUGGAGGAAAUCUAUCCACCGAAGAUCGCAGAGCUGGCGUUUGUGACCGACGGAGCCUGUCUGGAGGAGGACAUACUGCAGAUGGAGUUGAUAAUGUUGAAGGCAUUAAACUGGGAUCUGUAUCCAGAGACGGUUGUAUCCUGGAUGAAGCUCUACAUUCAGAUGGCAUCCGUAUACGACUUCACUGAUCCGUUAGUGCCGCAGUUCGCUCAGGGAACUUACAUUCAGAUUACACAGCUGUUGGAUUUGUGCAUCCUUGAUGUCAAUUCUUUGGACUUUAAAUACGGAGUAUUAGCGGCGGCUGCCUUUUGUCACUUCACUUCGGUUGAUGAUGUAAAGAAAGUAUCAGGAUUAAGGUGGGAGGCCAUGGAGACGUGCGUGAACUGGAUGGCCCCAUUUGUGGAGACCGUGAUGGGUUACGAGAAGGCACAGCUGAAAGACUUUGUGAAAGUGUCGUGUGAGGACAGACACAACAUUCAGACACAUGUGGACUAUCUGUCCAUGCUGAAGGAAACUCAACAGAAGCAGUCUGAAAGUUUGAACCACAGCUUUCCACCAACACCACCCAGCAGCUCUGAGAAACCUAGUUAACAUCUGUGGAUCCAUACGACAGGGCCAGUGC